AUGCUCCGUACGUGUAGUAUCGUAUUAUUAGAGUCAAAAUACGCUGAGAGAAGGAAGUGUUUCUUUAAAAAUUCUAGAGUUUUUAAGAAAAUCGCAGCACCGUUUCCUCUGGCGUCAAAAGAACCGGCACCGUAUAGCGAUGAUGAUGUAGCAAUUGCUGAAAGGAAUCGCGUUGAUUACACAAAGAAAAUUACAAUUUCAAUGGCGAAAGCUGACGCAGGAUUGCUAUUAAUUCAGCGGUCGAUUUUAGCUGGUCGUCCUGUGCGUAUCUAUGCCGAUGGCAUAUACGAUUUGUUUCACCAUGGACAUGCUAAUCAACUCAGACAAGCCAAAAAUGCUUUCCCAAAUGUCUACCUUAUCGUUGGUGUCUGUAGUGAUGAGGACACGCUCAAAUACAAAGGUCGUACGGUCACAUCGGAGGAUGAAAGAUACGAUGGUGUCCGUCACUGUCGCUAUGUUGACGAAGUAUAUCGCAACGCGCCAUGGUUCUGUACAGUAGAGUUUCUGAAAAACCUGAAGGUUGACUUCAUUGCCCACGAUGCGAUUCCAUACGUUGCUCCAGGAGAGGAAGAUUUGUACGAAAAGUUUAGGAGGGAAGAAAUGUUCAUCGAAACGCAGCGCACAGAGGGAGUGUCAACAAGCGACGUUGUUUGUAGGAUAAUUCGUGACUAUGACAAAUACGUCCGUAGAAAUCUACAAAGAGGCUACUCAGCCAAGGAACUCAACGUUGGAUUUUUGGCAGCUAGCAAGUAUCAAAUCCAAAACAAGGUGGACACUUUUAAAGAGAAAAGUUUGGAAUUUAUUAAUACAUGGAGGAAUAGAUCCGACGAAUUCAUUCGAGAUUUUCUAGACACAUUCCAUCGUGAUGGAAGACUGAAUGCUUUUGGUGGACGGCUCAAGGAACUCGUGUCUCGGUCGAAUUCAGCGUCCCCCACGUCUGAACAUUGUUCUGUAGAAGACCAGGACGAAUUUGAUGAAUCGUCCGACUACGCAAACCCUGUCCAGUGA